CAGGUAGUUCAGUGUGGUCUCGGCUGCCGUAGUGAGAGGGUGUUACUGCGCACCGCUCUGCCACACCUUCCCCCCCUGCAACCUCUCUCACUCGCCUACAGGGGCCGUUCAACUUGUACUCUGGUCCCCCGAUUCUGACCGACAGUGACGCAAUGUUGGCUAUCCAGUGUCCUUGCUGAGUACGAACACCAGAUAUCCUUUGUUGUUUAUUUUGCAGAGGAGUGAAUAUCAUCGUGAUGACAGAUCAUUUGGUGAAUGGUCAGCUCGCCCGGGGCAACAGGUGGUGGUGGUGGUAGUAGGGCACGGGUAUAACACCCUGUCACAAUCACACACACACACACGUACUCGCUCUCACCUCUGACAUGACCCUGUUUGUACUGCUCGCUAGUUUUUAAGCGAUAUACUGUGAUUUGUUUUUUGUUUUGUUUUGAAUUUGUAUUUUUGGUUGGAAGUGAUACAAAUAACGGAGCCAAAUUUGACACAUUAGCUUGACCUCAAGUGACUAACUCUUCACUAAGUUCUCGGAUAAGACAGUAAGAGUUGUACAGUUUGUUGUGAUCGAUCACUCCACACACACACACUGAACGACUCAGUUACCGCCAAGACACUUUGCUGAGGAGGAGCGUCAUUUCCUAGGCGUUAAGGACCCCCACCUCGGGAAGUCCAGCCGAGGACCCCAAAGGAGCUAUCAGAGGCGGGAUCCAAGCCGCAGAAAUCCUACUUUAUUGGAACGUAAGUUUGUGGAUUACCAUCGGCAGGAGGCUGAGAGGACACCACCUACCACCACCCUCCCCUCUACCAGGACACCGACACCCUCUCUCCCUCUGAUUAGUGGGUGACAGUGUUUUGUGGGCGACACCUGAAGAAGGAAGAGGUGUGAGUGUGUCUGUAGAAGGGCCUCGGUUUCCUGUCUGUCCUACACACUGAUGCAUCCUUCACCUCCAGGAGUAAGACUCUAACAUCAGCCAAGAAGUGAAGAGAUAAAUAAUGAACUGAAAUUUUUUAGGUUUUUUUUUUUUCAAUUAUGAUAAAUCACUGAGGGACAGGAAUCAUAACACAGAAACGAAAAACAUUGAGGAAAAAACUCUGUAUUCAGUGAUCUUGAAUUGGGAUAGAAAAUUGUAAUCUUGAACUUAAGAUAACCAGAGCAAGAGAAAAGACUUUAAGAUAAGGACAAGAGUUACCUGGUUAUCUUAAUACCAUUAGGAUUAUAACCCAUCCCAGGAAGGUGUUAUCUGAAGGCUGAAGUAACACGACAACUUAAUACGGAGUUAACACUUACGUAGUCCUGGUACUAACUACACAACCUUGUUCAGAGAAACGAAGGAAAAAAAAACAUAUAAUGCUGAUCUAAUAAACAAAAAACUAACUUCAUAUGUGUAAAAAAAUAACUGUGAUUCUGUGGUAAAAUAAACAGUUAACUUCAGUGAUAAAAAACUGUUAUUAUUUAUAUUGAAGAACAAAAUUACUUCCCCAUUUUAACAAAUUCCAACCUUGAGAAUCUUGAUCUAUAACAAAUGAUAAGAACUAAGAAUCAAUAAUGUGACAGAAAAAACACACAAAAACAAAAGUCUAAUUCAAUAACACCACCAGAAGAUAUUCAACAAAAGAUUCUAAAUAACUUCUUUAAUUGUAGUGGUGUUUUUUUUAUUUAAUUUCGCUGUGAUCCAUAAAACCGAACAUCAUCUCAAACUGAAUGAUUUUCUGGGAUUUCUUUCUGUGUCAAGUUACCCAACUCGGUGUGAUAGAACCAUUCGUAUUGACUCAGGUUCCACUGGAUUAAAAAAAUUAAAUAAAAAUAUGAAGGUUCAUCUCUUCCUCGUCUUAGCCACGCUAGUCAUGGGAGGUGCUGGCGGUGUGUCCAUCGUAAGGCUGACGGUGCCGGAAGUGGUGAAGACCAACACGACGGCUGUGGUGCUUGACUGUGACUACCAGGUGGACGAGUGGGAGCGACCAGGCCUCGUCGUCAAGUGGUACGUGGACAAACUCCAUCUGGUGUACCAGUGGAUACCGCCGCUGCGCCCCCAGGCCCUGGGUGUGUUGAGUGGCCGGGUCAACACCACCUACGAGGCCUCUAGGGACCCCUGGGCCGUGCACCGGGCCCUCUACAUCCCUCACCCGGACCCCUCAUUGUCUGGCCAGUACUCCUGCUCCGUCAGUACCUUCGAGGAUGAGGACACCCGCACCGCACACCUCCUCGUCUGGAAACCGGCCAACUUCGUAGACCUCAAGUACUGGAGACCUUCUGAGCACCUGGUUAACAUUACCUGCUUGGCCUCCGGUGUAUCGCCUAGACCUGAGUUCACCUUAUAUACGAAGGACCCCAAUGGCACCAGGUUGGAGGUGGACGUCCGAGGAAUAUCAGGUCAUCGUAAGGACGGGGAGUGGUGGGCGGGGGCGUGGGGGCUGAUCGUGUGGGCGGACACUGAACCUGACACUAUCAUUGGCUGCAGGCUCACCCUCCCCGGCACCUCCCACACUGAAACCAGGAAGAAGGUCUACCGCCCAGAUAUACCCAUCAUCACUACCACUACCACCACCACCACCACUCAGGCGACUACCACCGCUAGGCCUACCGAUACCCCACGUAGAUGGUUUAACAUGUCCCAAAUUGUGCCUACUACUUCUAACAGUUUCUUUGAUAUUCCCAGUUUGUUCGGCACAGCUAACACAGGGGGGAGGAACAUGCUACCCUCACCUGUGUGUUACUGCACCAGCCUUAUGUGUGUGGUCGUGUGGCUGUUGUGGCUAGCUGUGAACCCGUGAAGACUGGUUCAUACUUAACAGACAAAAAUAUCAAAAGUUAUCAUUAAUGUGUGUGUGAGUUUGUAUAUGUGUGUAUAGAAGAAUGUGGGUUAGUGUGGUGUCGAGUGUGUAUGUGUGUGUGUGUGUGUGUGUAUGAGUGUGUGUGGUUGUGUCAUUGGCUCACAACGCACUUUUUUUCCCCUCUGCUUCAUGUUGUUUUUACACUUGAGAAACUGUUGGCUUACCAAUGAACUUAAUUAAGAACUGCUAUAUAAGUUGUUGUGUUGUUGUUGUUUUUUUAAGGGGGGUUGGGGGGAUAAAAAGGUUUGGUGAAGAAUAUAUGACGGUAUCUCCUUAGUCCUGGUAUCUAGGACUUUAAGAACAUAUAAAUUAGACUUAAAUUACAAAUACAACAAUAAAAACAACUUGAUAUUCUGAUUUUUUUUUGCUACGGUUUCAUGAGGACAAUGAUGGAAAAAAUAAAAUGAUGAUUGAGGUGAAGAGAAAAGGGAAAAUAUUGGAGAGAGAAAAUAUGAAAAUCUAAUCUAUUUUUGUGUGAGUGCGAGUGUGUGUCUGUGUGUGUGUGUGUGUGUGUGUGUGAGAGAGAGAGAGAGAGAGAGAGAGAGAGAGAGAGAGAGAGAGAGAGAGAGAUAUCACGUUCUAGUUUUCUAUACUAGGCAGGGUAAGGUCAUAAUCUUCACGUUAAUUGAGGUGACGCCAGAAAUAGUGCUGUAAUGGGGUAGGUACUGACAGACACACGCACAGACAAUUCACCAGCUUACUGAAGAAGAUGUUAUCCUGGUGUGGUGUUCCUUCAGUGAAUAUUAUUAAGACUGUGUUUUACGUUUGGGGUGUUUGCUAGUCAUUAUUAUUGCUAUUACUAUUAUUACGGUGGUUCAUAGUAUGUCUUGUGUUUUAACUACUACUACUACUACUGCUACUAUUAACUACUAUAAAACACAAUUCCUGUCGUCCUUAUUAUUUCCAUUAUUAUUUCCACUACCAGCUCUUCUUAUUUUGAAUGAUGAGGGUAAUAACGCCCCCUCCUCCCAUUCCAUCAGGUGAGAGGAGGUCCCAUCAAUCAGGGAGCCUCAUGAACAUAACACAGGUAGUACAGGUAUCAAUCAGUCGCCUGGGGAGGAUUUAGUCUUGAGAGAUCGAACUGGAAAGUGACUCCUCUGAUUUGGUUCUUUGUCUGUCUAGGAGGAGUACCCCAAGUUGCUGACAGGCGUGUGGUUAAGGAGUCAGGGUCAUCUUACAGAUUUUCAGGGUAAUUUUACAGACUUUCAGGGCCAUUUUACAGACUUUCAGGGCCAUUUUACACUUUCAGGGUCAUUUUACAGACUUUCAGGGCCAUUUUACAGAAUUUCAGGGCCAUCUCACAAACUUGGCUCGAUUCCACCUUGUUUCUGGUGCUUGUCUGUGGCUAUCGUCAACAAGAGGGUGAUUUGGAGUGAAUUCACCUUAAGUCUGUUUGAUCUCUCUGGCUGUCAGUGAGGGUUUCUCUGGCUGUAAACAGACAUAGGCGUAUCAAUCAGGCCAGAGAGUGAAGAGGAGUUCCAUUAUGUCUAAUCCCUGUCUGUGAAUGUCUUUGAGGAGUUCCCUAGCUAAUAAAAACACGAAACAUGAUGGGGAGUUCAGUUCACAGACAAAAAACAUAACCAUCUUACUAAUUUUCUUUCUCUGUGGUUAGUUUGAGAAAUCCCUGACUGAUAACAGACAUGAAAAUCGAUGUUAAAUUUCAAGCUACAGGUGUGUCUCCUAGUCAGGUGUUGUAAAUGCCUUGAGUAAAUAAAUUCUAGUCAAAAUUAUACCCAUUAUGUAAUCUUACACUGUUUACACAUAUGAAGGUAAAUAUAAAACUGUGAAGAUAAUAUUUUGAUUAUACUGUAUAUGCAAAACUAUAUAAUAAAAAGCAUUGUGGAGUGCUUGUAAAUAUUACAGGUACACACAGGUAAGGGAUGUCUCCUCACCUGUCGUGUGCCGCCGUGAGGAGUAAGGGAGACACAAAGGUCGGAAGCCAUUAGAGACGAGACUUAUUGUUUACCUUGUGUUGGAUGGAAGUUCCUCGAUGUACGUGGUGUUAGUUAUUUUAUUAGACGAGACCGAAAUAGAGCGCUGUGUUCAACCAUAGAGGGGUUGAGGAGAUUGAUUUAGAGAGAUUAAGAGAUAAGGAAAGAGUGAGAGAUAGAGAGAUAGAGAGAGAGAGAGAUUAUACUAGCUAGCAGCAUAGACAUAGUUGAUAUAUUUAGAAGAGCAGAGUUAUUUAUGUAGGGUAUGAGACGACCGCCUCGGGCUGGUUCACAAAACUUUUGUAGAAUGAAUGGUGUCUCAGUACGACUUGCUUCUACCACUACCUCAUUUUCAGUCGCUUUUAUACGUCACUGAUAACAUACUAACCAGAGGGGGAUGCCUGGCUUUUGUCGUGUUCCAACAGUCUAUAAAACAGCAGUGAACGAUGAUUUAUGAGUCUGAGGGACGACAAGUUUCUGUUGGAUUAAUAGGACGAAGCUUAAUGACAUAAUGUUCUAAGUCUUAGGAACGAGUUUACGGUCUCACUGAACACUAAUUCUGACAACUGGAACAGCUGGUCUUAAUACAGUAGAUGUUCUAUAUUUGUGAUACUUAUCUGAAGUAAUAAAUGGAUAGUGUCUUUUCCCCUAACCUGUUCCAUGUUACCAUAGCAACUUAUAUAUCGAUAUUCAUAUACAUAAAUGGGUCAGCGUCUUUAUACUUUUGUCUCGGGACGAUUUUAAGAGACAGACUUAAGUGGAUAGAUAAACUCUGGAGUUACUGGGGGAGGGGGGGGGGAGUCACUGAGGCACUCAUGACCGUGUUGGGGCUCAGGUGGAAUAUCUUUAUUUCUCUCUAUGAAAACCAAAUAUAUUAACCUUUAUUUUUGUUGUUUGUUUUUCGUCAGAUAUUAUGUAUUAUAAAUCACUCUAGUGUGUGUGAUGGUUGGUGAGUUUAUGUUUUGACUUAAGUGUUUCUCCUGAUGAGGGUCUCGAGUCAGCCUUAAGGGAUAAUAUAUUGUGCUGAGAAAGAAAAUUCUAAGAUAUUCUGAAGGGUGUUGCUUCUUGCGGUUUCUAUUUUUGUAUAAUAACUAUACUGAAUUUCCUGACUGUCUUCUCUUUGUGAGUGUGUGUUCAAAUAAAUAAAGAUGAAUUAUU